AUGUCCGCCUCGAAACCCACAAUCAUCCUCGUCCACGGCGCGUGGCACUCGCCUGAGCAUUUCCGUCCGUUGGAGCAGGCACUCAAUUCACCACCACCACCACCACCACCAUCAUCAUCUCCUUCCGGUGGUUACAAAACCAUCUCACCGUGGCUACCGAGCAUGCACUACACCCGCCUGGGCCUGCCCCCUCCAUCAAACAUCGCCGACGACAUCGCCGCGAUUCGUCAGGCCAUCGUCUCCGAAUUGACGUCCCACCCGACCACCAACGUCGUGGUGCUCUCGCAUUCGUACGGCACCGUACCAGCCACCGCGGCGCUCGAGGGACUCGACAUGGCGACGCGCGCACGGGUUGGCCAUGACAACGGCGUGACUGCGCACUUGAUCAUCUCGGGCCUCCUCGCGCCCGCGGGGACCUCUCUCCUAGACUGGGGCGGCGGGCAAGUUCCACCGACGAUGGUCUUGUCAACGGUUCCGGUUCCUUUGUCUUCGUCCGGAGGAGAUAAAACUGGUUGCGUCGAGAAGGGGGAUAGGGAAGUCAAGGUCUGCACGCCCGUCAAGGACCCCGGUCCGGUCGCGCUGUUCUAUCACGAUCUCGCCGAGCGGGAUGCGCGUGCCGCUGAACACUACGCGAGUCUGUGCGUGCCGCAGGUCUGGGCCGUGCAGGAGACGGUCGUGCCGUUUGCGCCGUGGAGUCCACCCCGUUUAGAGACGGAGAUAAAAUCAAAGACAGAAUCUCCAUCGGAAACUCCAUCGAAGAUAGACUCCCAGACCCAGUCCCAGUCAGGACAAAUAUCAAACCCAGGUUCAGACUCCAAUACGGAAACGGGUACGGCUACGGCUACGGGGAUAGGUAUGGACAUACACUAUCUCGUCUGCGAAGAUGACCGGGCCCUCCCAGCGGCGAUCCAGCGGGUCAUGAUCGACGGCGCCGACAAGGGCAUAAAGGCGCACCACCACCACCAUCACCCUUUGUCGAGAGCCGAAGGGUCCAAAAUCCACGUCACAGCGAUCAACAGCGGACAUUGUCCGUUUUUGAGCCGCGUGGACGAGACGGCGCGGUGGUAG